AUGGUAAACAGCACAGCAUUGAGAGAGCUUCGUGCUGCCACUGCGAACAAAGAAGCCGUGGUUCUUUUAUCUGGAGACAAUGAAGUUGCAACCAUCAAAGACGCUACAUAUGUUAAGUUUGGUAAAAAUAAUGACCUUAAGUAUCCAUUGGAUGAGUUAACCAAUUUAUACAUUGAUAAUGAACCUCAAACGUUAAAGGCAGUUGUGUUCUGUUGGCUUCAUGAUAAGCUGUCGAUCGUUGACUACAAGAACCAAUGUUUAGAGUAUGGGAUUCCUGAUUUCAAAUUUGUGGUUAAGACCGAGUUGACCACAUGGUUGAAUGGGAAUUCAGAUACCAAUGGAUAUAUUCGGGAAGCAGAGGACUCUAAAGAAACGGAUGGAGGUGUUAAAUCCACUACUACUACUACUGGAACGAUAUCCGACGACCAUAGAAGCAAGAAACAAAAAGCUGAUCCUGUAUUAGAUAGAAUUCAAAAUAAUGAAAGAGAGAGUAUAGACCAUAAUAGUGCUUUAAGAGGAACCAAAAACAUUGACUUUGGAUAUUUGGUUAAAGAUGCCAAUCGAUAUAUUCAACAAUUGAAAAAAGCUCUGAUCAAUGGGAAACAAUCUUCAGGUAAACAUUCUUCAUCCUUUAGAUCUUCUUCAGAUAAUAGUAAUGGACCAAAGAAACAACCCAUUAUCAUUGUUUCACCUGCCACCACAGCUUUACUAUCUCUUGGCAACGUCAAGGAUUUUCUUGAAAAGGGAGUGUUUGUUGAACCUAGCAAAUCAUCAUCAUCAUAUUCUAGAUCAGACAACAUUGUUAUUGUUAAACAUAACUUUGAAAACUUGGAUUCAGCUGCUCAACAAAUCAUGGUGGUAGAUAACGUUGAUCUUUUUACCAAACCAGAAUAUUGGGAUCGAGUUAUUGCUAUAUUCACCACCGGUCAAGCAUGGCAAUUUUCCAAGUAUAAAUAUUCACAACCAGAAAGAUUAUUCCAAAAGUAUGCUGGUUUCUACUUGGGAUAUCUGAGUGAUGUACCUCCUAAACAAAUAAAGGAUUGGAAUGUUCAUGAGAUUAAGGUUGAUAGAGGUGACAAAAGAUUCAGAGACAAGAUGAUUGUGAAGGAUUUUUGGGCUGAAAUAGAAAAGAUCUUAUUAUCAAAGGGCUACGGUAAGCAUUAA